AUGGGCCUCUUCCUCUCCUCUUGGCUAGUGGCGCUCCUCUGCGUGGCGGGGGCAGAUGCCCUUGGCUCUGUCUCCGGCCUGGGGUCGGGAGCGGGGUCGCCGGAGGCGAAGUCAGCGGGAUCAGGCAGAGAGGACGAAACGGUGGCGGGGCCGCGGCCAAAGAAGGCUGAGGAGGCGUGCGGCGUGCUGACGGUGAGCAACAAGAUCGCUCCCGCGGCGCCAAAGCGGCGUGCGCGCGGCGGCAAGGCCAGCCGCGCGCGCCGGCUCGAGAACUUCUGGCAGCACAAGGCUGCAGCACCUGCGGCUGCUCCUGCGAUCAAGUGGGAGCAGCUCGCCCACCGGCCGGGCCUCUUGCGUCAGCAACGCGCGACUCUGCGCGACGGCGCGCGAGCGGCCUGGGUGCGCAUGCGCGCCGCGGCCCGCGCGAAGAUCGGCGCGGCGGUGCGUGGAGGCCUUCUCUAA